UAUGCUCUCUAUUUAUUGAAAACCAUAGGUUAAACAUUCCUCAAUUCCAAAACUCAGAAGCCUUUGUCCUUAGCUCCGGCGUCCUGUUGAUCGAUCUACACUUUUUCUUCAAACUGCAAACUAACCUGGUUAGUUGUCGAUCUGUACUUUUUCUUCAAACUGCAAACCAUCGGUUAGUUGUCGAUCUGUGCUUCUCCGUCAAACUGCAAAUCAUAGGUUCGUUGUCGAUCUGUGCUUUUUCUUCAAACUGCAAACCAUAGGUUAGUUGUCGAUCUGUGCUUCUCCGUCAAAUUGCAAACCGAAGGUUAGUUAUCGAUCAGUCAAAUUGUAAAUCAUAGGUUGGUUUUCUAAAGAUUUAUAUUUAUAUAUCAGUUUGGUUGUUUUUGAGUUGCAGCAAAAUUGAAAAUAAUGAAAACAAGGAGACGAAAUUACGAUGACGAUGGUAAGGACAGGAUUAGUGUUUUACGUGAUUGUAUUUUACGUCGACCUAAUUGUAAAGACAGACUCAGUUAUUUACCUGAUUGUCUUUUACUUGAAAUAUUGUCGAAUUUGAAUGUCAAGCAGGCUGUUCAAAUGUCCAUCCUAUCCCCAAGAUGGAAGAAUCUCUGGAAACAUAUGUCCGUUGUUUCUUUAAAUUAUCGUUUCUCCUUCGAAACACUAGAAAGUAUCACUAAUUUUGUCUCUCAAUUUUUGUCUCUCCGCGAUGACAAAACGGAUACUCAAACUCUCAUUUUUUACUGCCCCGUCUAUAUUGAGUCUCACCUCCUUGAAAGGAUCCUAAACUAUACGUUUUCACAUCAUGUCCAACAAUUAGAUAUGAGUGUAGCUUGUAAUAUUAGACAAUUUCCACUUUGCAACUUUUCAUAUCACACUUUAACUUCUCUUAAACUUACAUCAUGCAACAAAUUGGAUGGUAGUCCGAGACCAUUAUUUCCAAAUUCUCUAAUAUUACCUGCAUUAACCCACCUGUCUAUCGGAUUAUUUGCCUUUCACCGCAGUUGCACUACUUCAGAAGAUCAUAACGAUGUUGAACCCUUUUCUGUAUUUAAAAGUUUGAAUACUUUGAUCAUUCAACUUUGUAAUGUAAGGAACCCUUUGGAAGACACCCUAUUCAUAUCAAGUGUUUCCCUUGCUAAUUUAACAAUAGCAAUGCCUAGCAAUGCUUACAAAUUCAAGUUAUGUACCCCAAAUCUUUGUAGCUUUGAAUUUCUCGGUAAACCCUUACAAAAUCUACGUGGGCGCAAUUGCAAUAACAGUUGCAGUUUCUCUUCCUUUAAACAUGCAAAGAUUCGUUUACCAUUCGGGACCGUUCUUGCUAAUUGUCCUUUUCCUCCUAUUCUAUUCAAUUGGCUGGUUGAGCUCGCCCUUAUGGAAUCAUUGACAAUUUCUUCAAAGACUCUUCAGAUUCUCAACUUAAUUCCUGAUUCGUGGAAGAUUGAUUUCCCUUAUUUACAUAACUUAAAGCUGUUGAAAAUAGAAACAGACGGACUUUCGGUGCCCAAUGGAAUAGUAGACUUUUUGCUUCAAAACUCACCGUCAGCAAAGAAAGUAAUCAAAUACUGAUAAAGAACCACCUGAAGGACUUGUAUUUUGAAGAUAUCAACAUACGCGUGGAUGCAGUGACUACAGCAAUUUUUCCGAGAGAUCUUUCCAUAGCCAAAUAGUAUUAUUAAGAUUUAUUUAUUUUCCCUGCAAUUUACUGAAUUAUUGUUUUUAUUUUGUUUAUCAAAAGAAUUUAUAUGUUUCAACUUUCAA